AUGGCGGGCGCCGGCAGGGGCGGCUUCUGCGCGGGGGCCGUGGCCUUGGCGCUGUACGUCUGCCCGUGGACUCCCGUGGUGUUGAUUCCGUGCUGCGCGUACCUGUGCUACGCCCAGAAGAACCCACAGGCCGCGGAGGACCACGGGUACAGCCGCUCGAACGAGGGCGUCAUCAUCGAGCCCGGUUUCGUGUGGUAUCUCUUCCGCUUCGUUGUGGCCGUGGCGCUGCUGUUCGGUUUCCUCAUGGCUGGCUCGCUGGUGGCCAUGGCCGGAGAGGCGCACUUCGUGCAGGCCUCGUUCCUCUCCGUGCUCACCGUCAGGGAUCUGACCCCGAACGUGGGCAUCUUCUGGUACAUCUUCAUCUUGAUCUUCGACCGGUACCGCACCCUGUUCUUGUUCGCUUACCACGCGCAGCUCCUUUUCUUUCCGGUCGCGAUGCUGACGCGGGUCGCCCGCCACAGGCCAACUGGUCCUUUCCUGUACUGCGCCAUGGCCGUAGGCAGCAUGAGCCUGCAUAAGCCGUACCCGACAGCCAGCGAUUACAGCCUGAUGAUCACGGUGUUGUUGAUCCAG